UAUACGUGCAGUAAGUGUACAGUUCAGUAUAGAGUUAAUCGUUAACAGCUGCUAAACAUAUUUUUAAUGUAUCUUGAUAUAAAAUAUUUUUAAUUAGUAUAACACACUUAAUUAUAUCUAUUUUUUUUUGUUUGACAGCAUUUUGAAAACACUUGUUUAUCAAAUGACCUUGGUUUUUAUUACAUGAUAACUUGUAUAGAUUUUAAAAUUUGCGAUUCCCUGCCAUUUGGGCUGAUAACGUUUAACUGCUUUACUGACGCGAUGACCCUACUACUGCUUUUGUUUUUAAGAUUAUAAAUAAAUGCUAGUCGUUAGAUAGUGUUGACUAAACUUUGCCUAUAUCGCGUUUGUCAUUGGUUUUUGUUUAUUUUGCUAUUUCCGAGGCUGUGAAAAUAUUGGACAACUUUCAGGCAAUAUGAUUGCUCCCGCUCUCGUAGUGCUCACUAGUUUACUUAUUUCCACAUACAAUAGUGGCACUGUGUCAACGUAGUUGCCAAUAAUAAAAUGUCAAUUCAACAACAAUGUAAUGUGUAAAUAUAAUUAAUUUAUGCAGCUGAAGUUAAGAAGUUUAAUUGGGAUUAACUUCCGCAAAGCAAAGCUACCCAUCAUCACUCAAAGAAUAAUUAUAUAUAAUGGAUUCAUUCCUUGAUCUAUUUGAUCCUGGUUCUAGCUCUUUGACAAGUUGUGAUGUGUGGCCAGAAGAUGAUGCUUUAGCGACUCACCUUCCACCAGAGCCACAAAUGGGAAAUGUUGAGUAUAAACUCAAAUUAAUUAAUCCAUCAAAAUUACGAUUUGAACACUUGGUUACUCAGCUAAAAUGGAGGCUUAGAGAAGGGCAUGGUGAAGCAAUAUAUGAAAUUGGUGUUGAAGAUACGGGUAUGUUAACUGGUUUAUCCAUUGAAGAUAUGGAAUCUAGUCUUAUUACUCUUGAUCAAAUGGCUAGUAAACUUGGAGCCACUACAUCAGUAUUACGCGAAAGAAUGGUUGGAAAAGACAAAAUGGUAGCUGAAAUUUUAGUUAGAAAGGUUCCAGAUGAUCAAGAGUGUAUAGAAGUUAUGGUUGCUGUUUUAGGGGGAGUUGAUGCUGGUAAAUCUACACUACUUGGUGUUCUGGCCCAUGGUGAAAAUGACAAUGGACGAGGUAGUGCAAGAUUAAAUGUUCUUAGGCAUUUACAUGAACUUCGAUCUGGCCGAACAUCUUCUAUAUCACAUGAAAUUUUAGGUUUUGAUAUUCAUGGUGAAGUUAUUAACUAUCAGAAUGCUCGUACUGCUGAAGAGAUAAGAGAUCGCUCAACAAAGUUGAUAACAUUUCUUGAUUUGGCUGGUCACAAAAAGUACUUGAAAACUACAGUAGCUGGACUUAGCGGUUAUUGUCCACAUCAAGUUAUGCUUGUUGUUAGCAGCCCUGCUGUAACAACCUCUAGUUCUAUUCCUUUAAACAUGACCAAAGAACAUAUGGAUUUAGCACUAGCUCUUAGAUUACCAUUCUGUAUUGUUGUUACAAAAACAGACAUAACUCCAGCAGAUAACACUUUAAAUUGGUUGGAGUGUAUAUUAAAGGCUGUUGGAAAUAGAAAAGUUCCUUUAGUAGUCAAAUCCGAAGAUGAUGUUAUAACAGCUAGUUCUUCCCAGCAGAAUCAAAAUGUUGUUCCAAUAUUUACAGUAUCGAGUGUUACUGGUGAAGGAUUGGAUUUGUUAAUACGAUUUUUGUAUGUUUUACCACCAAGCAUUAGUUUAAAAGAAAAAGAAAGAUUAGAACAAGAAUGCUGUCAGUUUCAAAUUGAUGAAAUUUUUAAGGUGCCUGAUAUUGGAACUAUUGUUGGGGGAGUUCUCACACAAGGUGUUAUAAACAUUGGUACAGAACUCGUCAUAGGUCCAUUUAGCAAUGGGAAAUUUGUGCCUGUUACUAUACAAUCAAUUCAUAGAAAUAAAGCACCUUGUAGAGUAGUAAAAGCAACACAGAGUGCUUCACUUAGUUUGGAACAAUCAAUUCCCGGUUUACGAAAUGGUAUGGUGUUAUUAGGAUUAGGUGUCAAUCAUCAAGCAUGCAUGUUUUUUCAGGCAAGAAUUGUUGUAUUAUAUCAUGCUACAUCAAUACAUAAUGGAUUCCAAACAACUGUACACAUAGGAAAUAUAAGGCAGACAGCAGCUAUUGUUGCCAUUAUGGACUGUGAUAAAAAUGGAAUGCAUACUAAUGAUACUGCCUCAGUAAUAUUUAAAUUUGCUCGCCACCCAGAAUAUGUCACUGAAGGAAUGAGAUUAUUAUUCCGAGAAGGACAGACAAAAGGAAUUGGUCGGGUGACCCAAGUUUUUGCUGUACAAGUAGAAGCUGGUUAGCUCAGUUGUAUAAGAUUUUGUUUAGAAUAUUAUACAAUCAAUACAAAUUUUAUUAACAAAAGGACAUAGUAAAUGAAGAGUUUUUAAAUUAAUGUAAAAAUUGUUAUUAUUCAUCACUAAAAUUAUUUUAAUUAUAUGUUGUAUAAAAUCUCAUAAGUAUCAAAAUUUAUGUAGAAGUAUAAACAAAAAAAUGAAAUUUGAUGUUACCACAAAAGUCUUUGUAAUUGAUCGAAAUGUCACCUUAAUUUUCAGUUCAAUUGAAAAUUUCAUAUAAAAUCUUGUCUUUUAUUAAAACUUCACCGAUGAACUUCUUAAAUUAUUUUAUUACUUUAUUUUAUGAAUGGACAUUUUUUUAUUUGUACUAUAUGUAUCGUUAAGUCAUGAUUGUAUUGAAAAAAAAAAAUCUAAAUUUAUAAAUAGCUUUUAAAUUAUAUAUCCGAUUCAUAGAAUUCCAAUUUAAAAAGAUACAAAUAUUUUAAUUACUAAAAACUUUACCUUGAAAAUCCAGGUAGACCUUUGGUGUUCACAGCCCCUCUUCCCAAAAUUAUUUCAAUGAUUUUAAAUAUAAAAGUUUGUAAUUUAAUAAACUCUUUUUAAUAUUCAUCUUUAUAGUAUUUCAAAUUAGUACAAGAAAACACGUCAUGUACUUUUUUAAUAGUUUUUUAAAUAAAUACGAAUUAUUCAAAGUGUUAAAAAAAAAUACAAUAUUCUAUGUAACACAAAUAAAUGAAUAGUUUUUAAUAUUA